AACCUCAAGAACACGAGAGAGAGAGAGAGAGAGAGAGAGCGCUCUCUUGUCGUUUGGAUUCCACGCACAGACUAAAGGUGUGGAGGGAGACCACGUUUGUUUUUAAUUGAGCACAUAGGACGAGUUUGUCAGUCAUGGGGAAAGUUUUUCUUGUCGUGUUAAUCGCUUUAAUUUUUCUGAACGCUACCCAGGCUAAAGGAAAGAAGGCCAGGAAGGUCAAACACAACAGCACUGACAUCGCCAGACCGAGGACUUUUCAAGGACACGCCAUCCCAGUCAACGUCCCUCCUCCUCCAAACCGAACGACAGACCCCCAAACACAUGUCCUCCCGUCCGCCGUUGAUGUCGAAGUCAUGUUACGAAGCAACAACACGGCAAACUACCUCCAAGGUCCUCUGAGCAAUAGGUUCAUCCCAGCUGUCUACAUCAUAGCCGUCGUUGUCGGCAUCCCCGCCAAUAUCGCCAUCUUGGUCUCCGCUGGAACCAAAGUGAGGGUGAUUUCGUCGGCUAUAUUGUACUGUAGCCUGGCAGCGUCCGACUUGCUGCUGUUGUUCAGCCUGUUACUGAAAGCACACUAUCAUCUAAGUGGAAACAACUGGAUAUUCGGCGAAACCGCUUGUCGUAUCACAACCGCCUGUUUUUACGGAAAUCUUUACUGCUCCGCGUUCACAUUAGCAUGCAUUAGCAUCAAACGCUACAUAGCAGUGGUGCGUCCUUUCCUUUUUAAGAGCUUACCAAAGCGCUCAUUUAGCACUUGGGGUUGCUUAACCAUUUGGAUUAUAUUUAUUAUCGCCACUGUGCCGGAAUUUCUAGUGCAACAAAGCUACCGCAUCACAGAUCUCGGAGUAAUCACAUGCCAUGACGUUCUUCCUGCUGAUUUAAAUUACUACCAGUGGCUUAUCUAUUAUAAUUUAGGCUUGACCUGUGUAGGUUUUUUCCUGCCCCUAGUGGUGACUGUGGCAUGUUACACCUCUAUCGUCUGGCACCUGAACCGUUCGCACCGAGACUGGGCUCUUUAUAUCAGAGCUAGCACGUUUAACUUCAUUAUCUUCGUUUUGUGCUUCGGCCCGAGCAGCUGCCUUCAUUUUGUGCAUUACGUUCUGCUGUCUGUCGGCUCCACGGAGAGUUUUUACAUCUACUUCAGUGUGGCCGUGUGUCUGUGUUGCCUGCAUAGUGCUCUGGAUCCGUAUCUGUUCGUGCUCAUGUCCAGGACUGUCCGAAGCAAACGCUACUUCCUUACACCCAAAGGACGCGCACUUAGCAUCUCCACGUAAAGUCAACAUGAAAUGCUUGUUGUGCAACCCGUUUGAUUUCCCUAAUCUUUGAAACUGGAUAUUUAAU